AUGCCAGGAGACUCGCCGCCCGAGGAGCGAACCGUCUAUGUGGCAAAUAUCACCCCAGAAGUCACCGAGGACAUGCUCGAAGAGCUAUUUUUGCAGGCGGGACCUCUUGUGAAGGUUAUAACGAGAAAUGUGAGAGACUCGACAGCUAGAUUUGCUCUAGUGGAGUUUGAGGACGAGGAAUCAGUCAUCUUUGCUAUCAAGAUUUUGCACGGGAUUCGCUUGUUUGACCGCGAAAUUCAGGUGAAACCUCGAAAUAAUACGAGACAAGAGGAAGCUUUCCGCCGACAACGCUCUGAAAUCGAUAGUUUGCAUCGGGAAGUCGAGGAGGGCCGAGUUCAAAGCGAUAGAAGACGUAGUGGAGGAGAUGGACGGGAUCGGAGGUUUGGAGAGUGGAAUUCGAGAGAUUCCAGGGAUUCCUGGGUUCCUAGAGACUCUAGAAGCGGCAGAGACUCUAGAGACAACGAUCGUAGCAGCCGCCGUCGAAGUGAUUCAUCGUGGCAACAGCAUCAAUCGCAAUCACAACAAAUGCACCAGCCACGUCAUCAUCAGAAUCACUCGUUCAAUGGAGGAGAAGACAAUUGGAGAGGAGGAUCCGGUAAUCACACCCCUCAAAACCAGCAAUUCAAGUCCCCGGAAAGCUCCAUGCUUCCCCAUCAACACUUCAUUCAUCAAAUGCGUCACGAUCUUCGAAACUCCGCCCCCGCGUCCUAUGGAAAUUCCAGUUCUGGUGGCGGUGGACCUUCUAGACGUCAUCAGAAUCACCAGAAUCACUAUUCCAAUCCACCGUAUACGCCACGUGGCACUCAGAAUUAUCAGAAUCGCCAUCGUGGUGGCGCCGACCGGAACUCGGCGAAUCAUUAUAAUCGACAAGGAGGCGGAGGCAGAUUUUAA